GACAUAACCUAAGGACGGCGGGCGACGAGAGAGAAAUCGUGCAUCUAGUGAAGGGUUUAAGGGCGGCGGCGAGGGGUUUAUACUUUUUACUCCGCCAAAGGUGCCGCCACAGCCUAGGUUCAAGUAAAGCAGCUCUCCGGCGAGCGAAAGAAGAAGAAAGAAGGAAGGGAGAAGCAGAAAUUCUCUUCUAAUGGCGACGCCUUCCCAUGCUGUGGCUGUGAAGUCUCUCAACCAGUCCGCUGGUCGCGGCCGGUUUGUGUUCAAGUCAUUUUCCCAGAAAAUAGAAGGACUUGAAGUUAAUGUCUUCAGAAGCCUUGAUAGAAUCAAGCCGGAGCCUUCCUGUGGGACUUUCUUCAACGACUGCCUGAAGGAAUGGAGGGAAUUGAACACUGCUGAAGACUUCAUUACUCUUUAUGACGAAAUGUCGCCCUUAGUACAGAGUUCGAAAUCCUUGGCAUUGCAUAAGGAAUUUAUUGUCUCGGCGCUGCUAUCCAGACUACAGAUGCAAGCACGCCUAUCUCUUGAGCCGAUUCUCAGGUUGACUGCAGCUCUAUCUAGAGAUCUCCUGGAAGACUUCAUUGUCUAUUUGCCAAGGGUUGUUCGUUCGUUGGUCUCCCUACUGGAAAGUGGUGCUGACCAGGAUCCGGACAUUCUCGAGCAGAUUUUCACAACGUGGUCAUACAUUCUAAUGUACCUCCAGGGGUGGCUUACAAUGGACAUUGUGGGGAUACUAAAGGUGUCACAAAGAUUGAGAUACUACCCAAAGGAAUAUGUAAGAAGGUUUAUGGCAGAGGCUACUUCCUUCUUGCUGAGAAAUGCUCCUCACAAGCAGUUGGAACAAGGAGUCAAGGAGGUCAUAGGUGAGGCUGUAGACGACCCAUCACUUGCACGGAAUGAUGGUGUUAGUGCUCUACUUUAUUAUUCUACCAAAGUAACGUCAUCCAGUCUUCACUCAAAAGCUGAGCGCAUAUUGCAACUGUUAAUUGGUGAUCUUCUGAAGAAUCAUAACCAAGGUAACUACAUUCUGAAAAUUGUGUCUUUUGUUGUAGAUUCAGUUGUUGAUGUUGUAAGUAGUACGAUCCAGAGAUUGUGCAAAGACCAAGAGAUCAAGGAGUUAAACUUUCUGUGGGAUUGCCUGUAUAACAACAUGGAUUAUUGUGUAAGAGAUACGUCCUUGGUGCAUCUUAGUCGAAUUCUGGCACUGCUGGUAUCAAUGGUACAGAUAAACAAGGGUCGACAUGUUCCUGAUUACCAGCCAAUGCUAAAAUGUGUUGGAUCAGUUGUUGAUAAAUUUAUCAAGCCUUUCGGUGCUGGGAAAGAAGAGAAUGAUUUAUCAGGGAUUGUCGAUAAUCUUCUGCAGUUAAUGCUAUGUAUUCUUGAUGGACUGAAAUCUUUGAAUGAUGAAUGCAAGUAUGCUUACUGUUCCUUGCAAUGGGAUCCUGUUUUCAACCUUAAAACCAAGAGCUGUUUGGAAUUUAUCAGCGGACUGAUGGAGAAGGAUUUGCGUAUAGUACAAGUAUUUCAAGUUGGCAUCUUAAGAGCAAUGAAUAACUUGAUAGAGCUCUACCAGGUAGAUGUUGUUCAUCUACUUUUGUGCCUCUGUGAGCGACUCCAAAAUGAGUCUCCUGCUUCAGCAUUGUUUGAUGGAACUUCUGGCCCUGCACUUUGCAAAAUUCACGACUUUCUUGUGCGGACCAUAAAGGGCUGUGUUGCUGAAGUGAAUGGUGCUGUUUGUGGUCAGUCAUGUACGGUUGAUACGGACAAAUUGCCAUUGGUAUGGGGAGCCAUGUGCUGCUAUCCUCAUGUCAGUGGUAUUCGAGCUGAUGCGAACUUGAUAAUGCAGUUGAUGGAUUCACUAAAAGCCCUACUGAUGAAUGAAGCUGUUGUUUUCCUUGUCCUGCCAGAAAAUAUUGCAGGUGCUGAUAGACGAACUUGGCAAAGCCUUGUUGGUGCUGCCCUAAGUUGUUACGUCAUGCUCAGUGAGAAACCUGGGCCUGAGAAAACCAGCUAUGUUCUGGAAACUGCUAGAGCACACAAGGCAUCACCACAAGUGUUAGCUGCGUGUGCUGAUUGUCUGGAUGUGAUCCUCCGGGAUGGAGCCGAAGCAGAAACCUCUACUAAAAUCUUAAAUACAGAGUUUGUGGAUAAUUUGUCCAACCCAGACAAGAAUGUCCGUCUCUCAACUCUGAAAAUUCUGUGUCACUGUGAAGUAGAAGGUCAACCGGAUUCGUCCAAUGACCAACCUCCUGCGAAGAAAAUGAAAAUUGAAGCCGCCCAGAGUUUUCAUGUUGAUAGAUCUCCCAGUAAUGCACUCCAGCUUCUUCGCACGAUCGAAGAAACUCCUCUCUCAUCACAUACCAGUAGGAAAGUUGUCUUACUGAUCUCUGCUAUACAGACAGAUCUUGUUGCUGGGAGGAUAUCUAAAACUUAUCUGCCGGUCGUUUUGAGUGGAAUGAUCGGCAUCCUUCACAAUGGUUUUAGUCAUCUCUGGAAUCCAGCAUCUGAAUGCCUUGCAGUUUUAAUUAACAAAAACGUAGAGCUUCUGUGGGACCAGUUUUUAUACUACUUCCAACAUUUUCAAAGUCUGUUUCUGAAGUCCCAGUCUCAGCAAGAUGGAGUGACUGCUUUAUCAGCUGAAUCGUCAAGUGAUUUGUCACAGCGUUUUCAUUCAUUUGUCACAUCUGCCUCUGAACGUACCCUUGGUUCAUCGGUCCUUCCAUUAUUGCUCCAGUCCAUAAAAAGAAUUCCUUGCAUCGUUGAAGCCCGCUCUCGAUCUAUUGUACCUCUAUUCUUGAAUUUCUUGGGUUACAAUGAUGAUGAUCUCAAAAGUGUAGGAUCAUUCAACCCAGAUGCUUGCAGACGCAAAGAGUGGAAAGGGAUCCUCAAAGACUGGUUGAACUUAAUGAAACUUAUGAAGAACCCUAAGGCCUUGUACAUGACUCAAUUUGUGAAAGACAUUCUAUGCAUUAGGCUGAUGGAUGACAACGAUGUCAAUGUACAAAUGGAUGUUCUUGAUUGCCUCUUAACAUGGAAGGAUGAGUUUCUUGUCCCAUAUCAGGAUCAUCUAAGAAACUUAAUUAGUCCAAAAACUUUAAGAGAAGAACUGACAACCUGGAGCAUAUCUAGAGAAUCUUCCCCCAUUGAAGAACUUCACAGACCGAAUCUUGUGCCUCUCAUUAUCGUUCUUCUGAUGCCAAAAGUGACAAAUCUGAGGAGUCUUGCAUCUCGGAAGCAUGCAAGUCUACGUCUCCGGAAGGAAGUUCUUCGCUUCAUGGCACAACUUGACAUCAAUGAAAUAUCUCUUUUCUAUGCAUCAUUAGUAAAACGGUUGGACAUCUUACCUAGAGGAGUUGAUGAUGCUGCAAUUUUAUGCUGGACUGCACCGGAGAAUUCGAUGCAUCAAUUUGAACCUUCAAACUUCCUGAAGUACUUUACGAAUGAAAAUAUUUUGGGCCUCUCCUGGGACAAGAGAUAUGGUUUUGUGCAUGUGAUUGAAGCUAUUCUUGAAGAAUUUGAUGAAUUGCAUAUCAGACCUUUCCUCAAUCUGUUAAUGGGUUGUGUUGCUCGGCUACUGGUGAGCUGUUCAUUAUGUCUUGGAGCUCCAAAGGGAGCAGGUGAAACUGAUCAAAGUGAGGAAGAAGAAGCUGCAGUGGAUGAAACACCGGUGGUCUCUAUGACGAAGGAUUUCAAGCACUUGAGGUCUUUGUGCUUGAAAAUUGUCUCCGGCGUUCUGAAUAAGUACUACGACCAUGACUUUGGGUGUGAAUUCUGGGAUAUGUUCUUUUCAUCUGUAAAACCCUUAAUUAGCAGUUUUAAGCAUCAAGGUUCUAGUAGUGAGAAGCCAAGCUCACUCUUCUCUUGUUUUGUGGCUAUGAGUAAAAGUCACCAUUUGGUGUCAUUACUGUGUCGAGAAAACAGUCUUGUCCCUAGUAUCUUUUCAAUUCUGAGUGUUAGAACAGCUUCGGAGGCCAUUGUGUCCCAUGUUCUCACGUUCAUCGAGAACCUGUUGAUUCUCGAUCAAGAGUAUGUUGAUGAAGACGAUGCUAUAAAGAGAGUUCUUCUUCCGAAUCUUAAAGAACUGAUCAGCAGUUUGCAUUCUCUGUUGAAGGGCGAUGAGAUGACAAAAAGGAAAUGGACCACAUCUGCAGUGGAGGUAGUGGUUGGGAUUUUGAAAUCGUUGUCAAAAUAUGUGAAUGAUUUCCCAACUGCACAACAAUUUUUAACCAUCUCGCUUCAACUUUUGGCUGCACGAGUCAAGGAUUCUGAUGCUUGUAUCAAGUGUUUGCAAAUUGUGCGGGAGACUAUACAGACUGUGCCAUUAUUGGGAAAUCAGAGCACCCGAGAAAUUCUCAACUGUGUCUCACCUCUUUUUAUAUCCGCGAAGCUGGAUGUCCGGGUGUCUGUUUGUGAUCUUCUUGGUGCUCUUGCUAAAACUGAUCCUUCUCUGCUCUUUCUGGCAGAACUGCUCCUUAAAUUGAAUUCCACAAUAGAUGUGGACGAUCUUGAUUAUGACAAUAUUGUUCGGGGUUAUGAGACGAUCGGGGUUGAGUUCUUCUACGGUGUCAAAGAAUAUCACGCAAUCAUUGUUCUGUCGCAGUGUGUUGGUCAUAUGUCCUCCGACGAAUUGAUUGUAAGGCAUAGUGCCUAUAGAGCAAUGCGGUCAUUUGUUGAAUUCUCUGCACAGUUUCUUGGUGAAUUAAAGGACAAAGGUGAGGCUGAGGAAGCAGUCGUAUCUGAUGAAGAGGGUUCGUGGACAAGUAAAAGCAUCCGGCGGAUGAUAAACAAAUUCAUUCUGAACCAGAUAGGAAAGGCUAUGAAGGCAGGAAGUACAGUUAGAAAGGAAUGGAUUGAGUUGCUGCGAGAUAUGGUCUUGAAGCUUCCAGAGGUUUCAAAUCUUGGGUCGUUCAGAGCUCUGUGUUCUGAAGAUGCUGACCAGGACUUCUUUAAGAAUAUUAUCCAUUUGCAGAAGCAUAUGAGGGCCAAGGCGCUCACAAGGUUCAAGAGUAAAAUCAGUGGAAGUAGCAUGUCAGAGGCAAGUGUUGCUGGCAUUAUAAACAAAGUGUUUAUGCCACUCUUUUUCAACAUGAUGCUUGAUGUGCAAGUUGGGAAAGGAGAGCAUAUGAAAGGUGUAUAUGCAGAUGCUCUCGCUUCUAUUUCAGCUCAUGUGGGAUGGAAAUCAUACUAUUCACUUUUAUUGAGGUGUUUCCAAGAAAUGGAUAAGAAGCUGGACAAGCAGAAGAUCUUGCUGAGGCUAGCUUGUUCUGUUUUGGAUAACUUCCACUUUUCACAUGCCAGUUCCACUCGAGGAGUAGAAGAGUAUGCACUUGAAGAGGCUGAGAUACAGGAGUGUCUUCAAAAGGUUGUUCUUCCGAGGAUACAGAAGUUACUUGGUUCAGAUUCUGACAAAGUCAAUGUCACAAUUAGUGUGGUUUCACUUAAAGUUCUAAAGUUGCUUCCUGGGGAUAGAUUGGAUGCACAACUUCCUAGUAUUAUCCAUCGCAUUGCAAAUCAUCUGAAGAGUCAUAUGGUGAGCAUCCGUGAUGAAGCAAGGGUCGCGUUGGCUGCCUGUUUAAAGGAGCUUGGUCCUGAAUACUUGCAGCUUAUUGUGAAGGUUCUCCAAGGCACAUUAAAACGAGGAUAUGAGCUCCAUGUGUUGGGCUAUACUCUCCAUUUUCUUUUGUCAAAGCUCCUAUCAACUCCCGAAAGUGACAAUUCGGACAAUAGUAACGAGGAUGUGAGUAGGAGUGGCAAUGCCUCCCCACUCCAUGCUACUGGCAGGGAGGGUAAUACCAGCCCAGAACUGGUCAGGCCAGGUCAGGUGGAGCUGGUUAGAAAACUGAAAUCGCCAUCCCCAAAUGUGAAAUUGGAUUACUGUAUAGAGGAUUUACUUCAAGUAGUGGAGAAAGAUAUUCUGGGGGAUGUUGCUGAAGAGAAGGAAGUGGAUAAGAUUGCUUCGAAGAUGAAGGAAACCAGGAAGAGGAUGUCAUUUGAUACCUUGAAAUUAAUUGCGGAGAAUAUUUCAUUCAAAAGCAUUGCAUUUUCCUCAAAAGAAAAUGGGAUUUCCUCAAAACUUCUUUUGCCUGUAACAGCUCACAUGCAGGAGCAUCUAACGCCGAAAAAGAAAACAAAGCUGGAGAGCAUGCUGAAUCAAAUAGCUGCUGGAAUCGAGAAGAACCCUUUUGUUGAUCCAACUGAUCUCUUUACUUUCAUAUAUAUCCUUAUUGAAAGAGGUAUUAAUGAAGAAAGUGCAGGGGAGGGGACUUUUAUUGGAGGGUCUAAGCCACACUUGAACAGAGAAGUGCAGCGUGGAAAAAGAGUUUCUGCUACUCCAUUUGUCAAGACAAGGCCGGCAUGCUCACAUCUUAUUACAGUGUUUGCUCUUGACUUAUUCUAUAAACGCAUGAAGAGCCCUAAGUCUGAUGAGAGUGAUGAAGACCACAUGAAGGUUCUUCCGAAAUCGGGCAAGUGUGGUGAAGAGCUCUUGUCAAAGUUGGAUCCGUUUGUGAAGUUGCUAGGUAGUUGCCUGAGUACAAAGUAUGAAGAUAUUUUGUCUGCAUCCCUUAGAUGUCUUACCAAACUGGUUAGGCUCCCCCUGCCAUCGCUUACUUCUCAGGCUGAUAAAAUAAAGGUCACUUCAUUAGAUAUUGCUGAGAAUUCUAUAAAUGCUAACAGCCCUCUAAUGGAGUCGUGUCUAAGAUUGUUGGUGGCCCUCCUCCAGAGCACCAGGGUUACUCUUUCCUCUGAUCAACUGCAUAUGCUUAUUCAGUUCCCACUGUUUCUGGAUCUUGAAAGGAAUCCUUCACAUGUUGCGCUCUCACUUCUGUUAGCAAUAGUGAGACGGAAGUUGGUGGUUCCUGAAAUAUAUGAUCUCAUACUACGAGUAGCAGAACUCAUGGUGACUAGUCAAGUCGAAUCUGUUCAAAAGAAAUGCAGUCAGAUUCUUCUGCAAUUUUUGCGUGAAUACAAACUUACAGAUAAAUACUUGGACCAGCAGCUAAAAUUUCUGCAAAAAAAUUUGAGUUAUGUGUAUCCAUCUGGAAGAAAAGCAGUACUUGGAAUGCUUCACACCAUUAUUGUGAAAUUGCCGCAGAGAUUUCUUGAUGAGCAUGCAGGUUCCUUGUUUCUCCAUUUGGGGCUGUGUUUGGCCAAUGACGAAGACAGUGAAGUCCGUUCCUUGGCGGCUACUGCCAUAAAACUUCUAGUCCGACAUACAAACCGAAACAGUUUUAGGUCCUUUUUUGACAUUAGUCUGUCUUGGUACAAGGAUGAGCGGUCACGAGUUCGAAGUCCUGGUGCUCAGGUGCUCGGAUUAAUUGUAGAGGGUGCAAAGGAAGUCUCCCAGAAACAUAUUGACAUUAUUUUGCCAGACAUUGAAAAGAUUUUACGGUCUGCUUCAGAAGCUGUCAUUGAAGCACCAGAUCAUUCUGAUGAAUCUAUUCCUUAUUGGAAAGAGGCUUAUUAUUCGCUGGUUCUCCUCGAGAAGAUUGUUAAACGAUUCACUGAACUAGGCUUUGAGAGUAAAUUUGAGGAUCUAUGGGAAUCGGUGAUCCAGUCCCUUGUUCAUCCGCAUACAUGGUUGCGCAACGUAUCAAGCCGACUUAUUGAUUUAUACUUCUCCACUGUAAAAAGCCGCAGAAAGAAGGGUAGCAGGGAGGUGAAUGAAGAUUUUUUCCUUCUGAAACCAAGCAGACUCUUCCAGCUUGCUGGUUCCCUCUGCUGCCAACUCAAAACACGAUCCAUAGAUGAGGCUGCAGGCGAAAUCAUCAAGAAGAAUCUCAUCUUUGCCAUCAAUGAAAUCCGUGAUUUGGUCUCCAGAAUGGAGGAUCCUCACGCAUCAUUAUUGAAGGAGAAGGGUGGAUUCCUUAAAGGUUUCAAGCUGCUGGAUUAUAAAAAGGGAAGAGGUGCCUUCUUACAUGUCAUAUGUGGUGCUAAUGCUGAAGAUGAUGAAUGUGACGAAGGCGAGGGAGGAGGAGAUGUUCAGUAUCUUCUUGUUUCCAGUUUGCUCAGAAAACUUGGAGAGAUAGCUCUUCAGACUGAGGAUACACAGACCAAAAUAGUUCUUGAUUGCUACAAGAGUUUAUCCCAGCAAACCGAUCUUGGAGACUUACAACACUAUGCUCAUGAUAUGCUGUUGCUUUCAUACAAAGUCUCUGAAGGUUUUGCUGGCAGAGUUAUCUCCGAUGAUGUGAAGCCACUAGCUAAAGAAGUGUACGAAAGCGUCGAGAAGGCAGUAGGCAACGAGAUAUUUGUUCAGAUUAACAGCAAGAUAAGGAAGAGCAUGAAAGCAAAGAGAGACAAGAGGAAGCAAGAAGAGAAGGUGAUGGCUGUGGUGAAUCCGACGAGAAACGCCAAGAGGAAGCUCAAGGUUGCGGCUAAGCAUCGUGCCAACAAGAAGAGGAAGAUGAUGACCAUGAAAAUGGGGAGAUGGAUGCGUUAAUUUAUUAUAUUAUUUAUUUGAAAGAAACAGAAGAAAAACGGUUGAGUUUGUUUGGCGGGAAUUGACCUAACGGUUUCUUGACCUGAUCCGUCUCUCCUCUGUAUGUCUCCGUUGUAAAUUAUCAAUUUUGGUACCUAAUCUUGUUGUAGGUGGUAAUAUGGUACAUUAUUAAUUAUAGUUGCAAAUGAGCUGACCGUUUAAGUUAAGUGGUUUGUUGAGGUCUCGUUUUGAAAUCAUAAGAAGUCUGACUACUGUGGUUAGUAAGUCAACUUAAUAAUAAUAAUAAUAA